GGUGGAGCGGUGCCCGCUCUGCAACACCACGCGCCGCCGCCUCACGUGCGCCAAGUGCGUCCAGAGCGGAGACUUCGUCUUCUUCGACGGUCGCGACUCCGAGAGUCAGGUGCUGCUGCCAGCAGGCGUGCCCGUGUUGAUGUAGCCAACAAAAGCUCCAGACAGUUCAGGGCAAAAAGAGAGCCGUGCGGUAGGAUAUCUGAAAUGCAUAUCUUUUUUAAGCAGCAUGUGUUAAAACAGUGGUCUCUGUAAACACUGAAUGAAAUCAGGAAGGUUUUCAGACAAGAAAGAAAGGCUGAUGCGUCUUAAAACCAAACAGAAAGAAUUCCAAAAGCAUGUUUUGAAGGCCAUGGAAGGGAAAGAGAUAACUGAUCAGCUGAGAUGGAAAAUAAUGUCUUGCAAGAUGAGGAUUGAGCAGCUGAAACAGACCAUUUGCAAAGAAAAUGAUGAAAUGACAAGAUAUGCAGAGGGGCUUCUCAGAAUUAAAGAGGAGAACCAGAAACAUUAUCGCAGGGCUCAGCGGCAUCAGGAGAAGAAAGAGAAGAUCCAGAGGCAUAACCACAAGCUGGGAGACUUGGUAGAGAAAAAAGUCUAUGACUUGAAAACCCAGUAUGAGCAUCUGGCAAAUCUUCGUCGGAUGCAUAUCCUAGAACUAACAUCAGUCAUAUUUCCCAUUGAAGAAGUAAAGACAAGCAUGAGAGAUCCUGCAGAUGUGUCUUCUGAGAGCGACAAUGCUAUGACCUCUAGCACUGUGAGCAAGCUUGCAGAAGCCAGGAGAACCACAUAUCUCUCUGGGAGGUGGGUGUGUGAUGAUCACAACGGGGACACCAGCAUCAGCAUCACAGGGCCUUGGAUAACCCUUCCUAAUAAUGGAGACUAUUCAGCAUAUUACAACUGGGUGGAAGAGAAGAAGACUACACAAGGACCGGAUACGGAACAUAAUAACCCUGCUUACACUAUCAGUGCUGCAUUGUGCUAUGCAACUCAGCUUGUUAACACUUUGUCUCUCAUACUUGAUGUAAAUCUUCCCAAGAAGCUCUGCAACAGGCAAUUCUGUGGAGAGAAUCUCAGCAGACACAGGUUCACACGGGCAGUGAAGAAGUUGAAUGCUAAUAUCCUGCACCUUUGCUUCUCUCAGCAUGUAAAUUUAGAUCUGUUGCACCCACUGCAUACGCUCAGGAACCUUAUGUACCUGGUCAGCCCAGACACCAAGAACUUGGGCAGGUCUGGGCCUUUCGAAAUCAGUGCUGAUCUUGAAGACUCCAUGGAGUUUGUGGAUCCCAGUGCCACUGGUGAGACAGAUGAGAGCGGAGAUGAGCACAUCAGCGAUGAAGAGACAGACCUAGGGACAGACUGGGAGAAUCUGCCAAGCCCCAGGUUCUGUGACAUCCCCUCUCAGCAGGUGGAGAUGCUGCAGAGCCAGAGCACGCAGGUAUCUCAGCCCAUUGCCAGCAGCAGUGCUGGUGGAAUGAUCUCUUCUGCUGCUGCCUCGGUGACCUCGUGGCUGAAGGCAUACACUGGACAUCGCUAACAAGCAUGGCAAAAGGAUCAUAGGAUUUGUGGAAGGAAUCCCUCCCCAACAAUGCUGUAGUAAACCUUACGUAUUCAGUUAAGUAGUGCCUGGAACAAAGAAAAGGUCAGACUUUCAUUUUGUAAACCAGAAAAACCUUUUUAUUUACCCAAGAUGACUGUGAUGGUACCAUUUUGUAAAUUAGCUAGCUACGGACUGACGGAUUCUGUGACGGCACUUUUGUGUCUUGGUUCUGUCUGCAUUGUUGAGUACCUGGGGAAUUACAGAGCAGUCAGUCUCACCUCUGUGCCUGGCAAAAUCUUGGAGCAGAUUCUCCUGGAAGGCAUGCUGAGGCACAUGGAAAUCAACAAGGUGCUUGGUGACAGCCAGCAUGGCUUCACUAAGGGGAAAUCCUGCCUGACCAAUUUGGUGGCCUUCUAUGAUGGGGCUACAGAACUGAUGGACAGGGGUAGAGCAGUUGAUGUCAUCUACCUGGACUUGUGUAAAGCGUUCGACACUGUCCCACACGACAUCCUUGUCUCUAAAUUGGAGAGACAUCAAUUUGAUGGAUGGACCACUCGGUGGAUAAAGAACUGGCUGGAUGGCCGCACACAAACAGUUGUGGUCAAUGGCUCAAUGUCCAGCUGGAGACCAGUAAUGAGUGGUGUCCCUCAGGGAUCAGUGUUGGGACCGGUCUUGUUCAACAUCUUUGUUGCUGACAUGGACAGUGGGAUUGAGCGCGCCCUCAGCAAGUUUGCCGAUGACACCGAGCUGUGUGGUUCGGUUGAUACCCUGGAGGGAAGGAAUGCCACCCAGAGGGACCUUGACACGCUUGUGAGGUGGGCUGAUGCCAACCUCAUGAAGUUUAACCAUGCCAAGUGCAAGGUCCUACACCUGGGUGGGAGCAAUCCCAGGCACAGCUGCAGGUUGGGCAGAGAAGAGAUUCAGAGCAGCCCUGCGGAGAAGGACUUGGGGGUGUUGGUUGAUGAGAAAAUGAACAUGAGCUGGCAGUGUGUGCUUGCAGCCCAGAACUCCAACCAUAUCCUGGGCUGCAUCAAAAGGAGCGUGACCAGCAGGUCGAAGGAGGUGAUCCUGCCCCUCUACUCUGCUCUUGUGAGACCUCACCUGGAGUAUUGUGUGCAGUUCUGGUGUCCUCAACAUAAAAGGGACAUGGAACUGUUGGAACAAGUCCAGAGAAGGGCCAUGAGGAUGAUCAGGGGACUGGAGCACCUCUUGUAUGAAGACAGGCUGAGAAAGUUGGGGCUGUUCAUCCUGGAGAAGAGAAGGCUGCGUGGAGACCUCAUAGCAGCCUUCCAGUAUCUGAAGGGGGCCUAUAGGGAUGCUGGGGAGGGACUGUUCAUUAGGGACUAUAGUGACAGGACAAGGGGUAACGGGUUAAAACUUAAACAGUGGAAGUUUAGAUUGGAUAUAAGGAGGAAAUUCUUUCCUGUUAGGGUGGUGAGGCACUGGAAUGGGUUGCCCAAGGAAGUUGUGAAUGCUCCAUCCCUGGCAGUGUUCAAAGCCAGGUUGGAGAGAGCCUUGGGUGACAUGGUUUAGUGUGAGGUGUCCCUGCCCAUGGCAGGGGGGUUGGAACUAGAUGAUCUUGAGGUCCUUUCCAACCCUAACUAUUCUAUGAUUCUCCUGAAGAAAAAGGACUCCUCAGCCUCCAGCUCUACUUUCUAAAGAAGAAACAGGUUUUGAAGUGUUUGCAUCAGGAUGAAUACAGAGAGAAGGCUGCUCUCUGUGCAGCCUGGACAGUGGUGCAAAUGCAGUUCACAUUUUCUUAACUGCUUACAGGGUUUCCGUUUGUGUGUGUUUUAAAUCUGUCUUGCAUAAUGCAGAAAUGCGUAUUUCUAAUUUUUUUUUCAUUCAGGACAUGAAAAUUUUGCAUUUUUAACAUGUUUUCUAAUCUCUGUUGCCAUAUUUUUAAUACAAAGAAGCAGUGCGGAGAGGAAUUCACACAGCCAAUUGCUCUUGUUUUAGCUUCAGUUGUGAACUUUUAUCCAGUUUUGCUGUAGAAAACUGGCUUGUUUCAUGCUGUUUCCAUUGGUAGGUAGUCUAGAAGUUUUGUGUUGUGCUGUCCAAAGCACACAGGCUCUUUACUCUCAAUAUCAUACACCAAAGAAACACUGGAUGUUCUCUUAGCUUAGACCCACAUUUGAUACAGACACAGGAUUGUGUUGUUGCAAUAAUAUUCAUCAGUUACAACACCAUGUUGCCACUUUUUACUGUUAGCAAAACCUCAUUUUGAGCUAAUUUGAUGAAGUCACACACUACAUGCGUUUUAAACCCUAUUCUAUUUUAUGUCGAUGGUGGGUUGUUUCUCUUCUUGUUUACUGAAUGCCAAGAAGCUGAUUUCAUUUCACUGCAGAAAUGCCCACAGCACAGCUGGUGGCUCGCUUGUAAAACUGCAGGGGUGCGAUACUGACAGAAGCAUUUGUUAGCAAGUGCUCCUCCACUUCCUCUGCCUUGCGGUAUGGAUGACAUAAAGAUGGGUUUGCUCAGCAGGGCUGCCAACGUAUGGUUUACAUUUUCUAUGGCUGGGACGUUGUACUUCUCCAUGGGGUAAAUUAAAGUAAAAGCAUCCUCCCAUCCCUCCCAGAGGGAAGACUUCCGACGCUUCCCUGUUGCGUCCCUGCAGUGCUGCAGCUCGUAACAGGGGCACGCAAGGCCACGGCAGGUGAUGCACAAGCCACAUCCCUGCCACCUGGCAGUGUCCUGAAUCUUUGAAACCCUGCUGUGGGGCUGGCUUACCUGCCCAUCUCAUGGAGUAUUCUGGGGUGGUUCUGCUCUGUUGCUCUCCAGGCCAGCUAUGGCUGCCUCCUGUCCCCACCAAGAAUGGGGUGGAAAAGCAGUUUUGGUACCCAAUGCCUGAUUAUCCCAGUGAGCUCCAUGCCAGGGGUGCUGGUUCAGCAUCCUGUCUCCAGACCCCUGCUCCCUGUUGUACGGCAGCUCUUUGGGGAUGUGAAUCUGUUGUCAAUGGUUUAAUUUUUUUUAAACCAAAGACCCUUAACUCUGCACUCACUGCAUGUAUUUUGUUAGGUAAUGUCCCCCUCAGUCCUAGCCUUUCUGAUCCCCCAUUUUUUUUUCUGCUGGACCCUGCCAUAUAAAUAUGUUUGGGUUUUUUCAUUUGUUUUUAACAGGCAUUUCAGUCACAUUUUCAUUGCUGCCUCUCAUGCUACUUUGAAGCCUUUAAACAUCAGGUCAUGAUUCAGCUUUGUACGCUGUCAUUUACUUUACUAGGGAAAGAAAAACCCAACACACAAACUUCUUUAAGCCAUAUACUUCAUGACCAUGUUUUCCAACUGUUUUAUUUGUCACGCACUGAGAGUGCACACCAGCACUGCAAGGGCAUUCAGAUGCGGUGGGAUGGGUCGUUUGUUCAUCUUUUGUAACAGACUGGGGGUUGUUCUUUUAAAAAGUGUUUUGCACAUAUGUAGCUAGGGAAGAAUCGUGUGCACCUUGAGUGCAGUCGCCAGUAUUAGUUUUCCAGGUGGUUCUGGGGAGGGAGGGCAGGAAUAUCUGUAAUUAUAGAUACCUGAAGAUGGACUACCAAGUUUACACAGCACUUCUGCGUAGCAUGAAUGCGGGAAGUGCAGUUCAGGCCAUGACUUCUGUCUGUGACCAGCGAUCUGGCGUGGCCAAUUUGAGCUGCCAAGGAAGAACCUGAUGCUGAGAGCUCAGCCCUCUGCUGAGAAUCAGGUGCCUUCAUAUGGGCUCAGGUGGGACACCCAGGAGUUGCUUGUCACUGGCAGAAGCUUUGGGCCUCUGCAACUUCAGAACUAGAUGUAACUAAACACAAACAGUUUGGUUUUUUUUCUAAAUUUUAUUGUAUUAUUGCAAUAAAUCUUUAACAGUA